AUGUCAUGUACAAGACAACUAUACCAUCCGCUAAAAGAUGGUGGAACCAGAGUUCUCGGAAUAGAGCCGGGCACCUUCAACGAACCUAUUCACUGUACUCUAUCUCCACAUCUACUUAAUGAGAAUCCUACAUACCAAGCACUUUCCUACACAUGGGGAGAUCCAUCAAUUCGUGCUCCGAUUAAAGUAGAUGUUCAUCUAUUCACAGCGACCACGAAUUUAGAAAGUGCGCUGAGAUAUCUUCGGGAUUCCAAAAUCCCUCGCGUUUUCUGGGUCGACGCGGGAGAUAUUCCCGAGCGGGGUAUGCAGGUACAGCAGAUGCGUCGCAUCUAUAAGGACGCUAGAGAUCUGAUAAUAUGGCUCGGUGCACCGGAGCUUCCAACUAGAGAAAUGUGGGGUGAUGAACAUCUUGAUGUGGAGACUGAGGAUGCUUCUUCUAGCACUUCGAAUCAAUUUGAUGCCUUGAGGUUACUUGCUAGUCGGUUUCAAAGCGUCGAACGUGGUGAAACAAAAUGGCCUCACCUAGAUUUGGAGAACAAAGAUAAAUGGCGAGAUGCAUUGCAAAACGAGUUCUGGACACUAUCGAAGAAUCUUUACUGA